UUGUUAAAUCUAACAAAGAUGGGCGUGAGCUCCUCCAUGUUUUCUCCUCUUUCACUCGAGGGGCGGAGCGACACACACGAAAACAUCCAGGAUCCGGCUCCGACAUGGAUUCCGGUCCCGGCGCUGCGCCUGCAUGUGUGGAGCCAAAAUGGCCGCCGCGCAUAUGUCAGUUGCAGCGUUUGUUUGUGUGGCUGGCUCACCGCCCCGGCGGGGGGCGGGGCCACUGCGGAGCUGGAGUCACAUGAUCCGCGCAGAGCCAGGCUGACCAAUUCCAAUAUGGUGGCCAGCUUGGCAGGUCUACGGUUCCUGUUGAUGAUAUUGUUGUUCUGCGGGAUCAGGUACGGCGCCUGCAGCCAGGAAGCUCCGCAGGUCCUGGGGCUGCGACUGGAGGACCCGGCGGGUCUGGUGUGCAUGAAGGAUCGGAUCAUCUCGGCGCCAGAAGGAGCCACGUUCAAGCUCCGUCUCUUCGGGUCGGAUCUGAAUGAAAGCUGGCCCUGGCCGUGGGUGGCGUUCGCGGGGGCAGCCGGGGAUGCGUCCGACCCGUGCGGGCAGGAGUCCCGCCGCGAGGAGUCCGCUUUCCAGGUGACGGGCCCGUUCAGCCCGGACGAGGAGCACGGCUACGGCGGGCUCAUAACGGUGGAGGUCCGGGGCAGCGCUGACAGCGAGCAGACCGAGCACCGCCUGUGCGUGCUGAGCGGAGGGAGAUGGGGAUCCGUGGGCCCGGACAGACUGCGGAUCAGCAGCGACAGGGCUCUGCCCGCAGACUACAUCCCGCCGUGGGGUCUGGCCGUGCUCAUAGUCCUGCUGCUGCUGGUGUGCGGGCUGCUGAGGACAGUGAACCUGAGCCUGCUGUGGCUGGACCCCGUGGAGCUCUACGUCCUGCACAGCUGCGGAUCCGAGGAGGAGAAACGGGCCGCCAAGCGCCUGGAGCCAAUCAGGAGGAGGGGGAACUUCCUGACCUGCUCGCUGCUGUUCCUGUGCGCGGUGGGACACUCGGUCCUGGGUGUGCUCCUGUACCGGGCUCUGGGCUCCAUCGUCUCCGCGGUCUUCACCAGCGGCCUCCUCAUCUUCUUCCUGGCUGAGCUGGCUCCUCACAUCGUCUGCUCCGGCUACGGCUUCCAGCUGGCGCCGGCUCUCACCUGGCUGGCCCAGGUGUGCAUGGUGCUCACCUGCCCGCUGUCCUGCCCCCUGGGGCUGAUCCUGGACCUGGCGCUGAGGAGGGACAUCAGCACGUGUGGGAUAAGAGAGCGGGCCAUGGAGAUGAUCCGCACGAACGUCAAUGAUCCUUACAGUGAGUUUGUGAAGGAGGAGUUCAGCCGCGGGACGCUGCGCAUUAAGACGGUGGAGGACAUCCUGACUCCUCUGAAGGACUGCUUCAUGCUGCCCAGCUCGGCCGUCCUGGACUUCUCCACCAUGUCCGAGAUCAUGCAGUGUGGAUACACCAGGGUGCCCAUCUAUGAGGAGGAGAGGUCCAACAUUGUGGAAAUCCUGUAUGUGAAAGACUUGGCUCUGGUGGACCCGGACGACUGCACCCCGAUGACGACUAUCACCAAGUUCUACAAUCACCCGCUGCACUUUGUCUUCAACGACACCAAACUGGACGCCAUGCUGGAGGAGUUCAAGAAAGGCAACUCUCACAUGGCCAUCGUCCAGAAAGUGAACAACGAGGGGGAGGGAGAUCCGUUCUACGAGGUGCUGGGAUUGGUCACUUUAGAGGACGUCAUCGAGGAGAUCAUAAAGUCAGAGAUCCUGGAUGAAUCUGACGGCUACUUGGACAGGAAAGUGAAGCGCCCCCUCCCUCAGCUGGAGAUUCCUCUGGAGCCUCGCAGCGCCCACGAGGAGUUUUCUCUUUUCAAGCCUCCUGAAGGAGAACCCAAGAUCCGCACCUCGCCACAGCUGCUGCUGGCCACACACCGCUUCCUGUCCAGAGAGGUGGAGCACUUCAGUCCCGGACGUGUGUCCGAGAAGGUCCUGUUCCACCUGCUCCGUCACCCCAGCGUCAACCAGGAGGUGCACUUUGACCCCAGCAACCGGCUGAGCCCGGGCCACUAUCUCUACACUCGCAACCACCCGGUCGACUACUUCAUCCUGCUGCUGCAGGGCCGCGUGGAGGUGGAGAUCGGAAAAGAGGGGCUGAAGUUUGAAAACGGGGCAUUUACAUACUACGGAGUUUCUGCUCUAACGCUGCCAUCUUCAGUGCACCAGUCUCCAGUGUCGACCCAGCGUCACUCUCCCAGGGAUCCCUUCGAGUCGGCAGACGCCACCAGCCCGUCCAGCUAUUGUCCCGACUACACCGUCCGAGCUCUCACUGACCUGCAGCUCAUACGGGUGACACGUCUCCAGUAUUUGAACGCUCUCAUGGCGUCGCGUGUUGGCCAGAGUCCAGAUCCUCCUGAGAUCAAGAUCCUUCCCAACAGUCAGACCAAACUGCUCAACGACAGAAACACCACACAAGGUGGCAGUAGAGCCCAGGAAAGCUCCACAGAAGAGGAGGCUCAUGGGUAGUGCGCUUCUGUCUGCCCGCUGUUAAAAAAACAAAACAACAACAAAAAAAAAUCUGCUGGUUUUUAUCGAUAAAUCAUCUAUGGCUGGAACGUAGUUUUUUGGACACGACUGGAGUGAUUUUAUUUGUCUGAUCCUCUGCUCACACUCAUCUCCAUCCCCAUUCCUUUAUGUGCUUUCCACUGCAAUUAUUAUUUUAAUGUUGUUUUAUACACUUUGGACUAUGUGUAUAUAUAUUAUCUCUAUAUAUAUAUUUUCAUUUGGCGGUGCCUUUCUUCCAGGUUUAGCCUUUUCAUACUAAACUCUGUGUUGCCAUUCCUCACUUUUGCCUGUCUGGGUGCCAAAGCUACAUGUGUAUAUGUGUGUGUGUGUUGUCUGUGUGUGUGUGUGUGUGUGUGUGUGUGUGUGUGAUGCAUCCGUCCAUUCGAGACACUAAAAAACACUCGAGCUGUUUGAAAGCAGAUUUGCACAUUAAAUUUGUGCCCUGUUGAGAGUGUUAGGCUGUUUCAAAGCUGUAAGUUACGUCCGGGUUUUAUACCGUCACAUGACGUUGCUGUCAGACGUAGAGGCGUCUACACGGCCAAAAAUUAUGAUUUCAGGUUUGAUGUUCGAGUGGAUGAAGGGUGGUUUAUGCUGUAAAUAAAUAAGUGAGGGGUGAAGGACUUCCAAAGUGGCCCAGGUUGUGAUCCAAACAAAGAAACUCUUUGCCAACAAAUGCAAAGAUAAGCUUAAGAGUGGUAUUAAUUAUUAAUCAUUCAUCAUUUUUAAGAGCAAAAACACCAGUCACCUUGGACCUUUCAGAUAUUUUAUAGAUUAUAUAAUAUGAUUAGUUGAGAAAAUAAUCUGCAGACAAAUGAUGAUGAAAAUAGUCUUUAGUUGCAGACAUGCACAUGAUUUCCAGCAUCUGUCUGUGAGCUAACAGGUGACUGGUUAGUGGGGCUGGGUAUCAAACCUCAGUAGCACAAAAAAACUGUCAAGUUAUUAAAGUUAACACUGAGUAUCUGGUUAUAUUUAUAAUGUUCUCUGUUUUUUAAUCAGACUUCUAUCAACAUUUGACCAGUUUUAAACUGUAUUUAUUCAGGCUGUGUUCUCGCACAGCUGCUUGUUUUUUAGACAAUAUUUAACGUCUGAGAAGUUUAGUUAAUUGAAAUUAUUAUUUGAUAAAUCAAUUAGUUGAUCAACAGAACACAAACUGACAUCGCUUUUAUAACUUUAAUAACUUCAAGCCUGGUAGUUUGUUUUCAUCAUUAACAAUUACAUUUAAAUAUUUUUUUGUCUCUAAUCCUAAACAGAAAAAAUAUACGUUCCCUGUCAACACCACUCUGAAUUUAUCAUCAUCUGAAUGUGUAUUCUGAGGAGGCAAAGUAUAAAAAGUACAAUUAAAAAUAGGGGAGAAAUGCAGGUUUGUGAGCUUCAUCAAGUGUUGAUUGUUCUCCCAUUUUACACAAUAAGAACCAAGCUUCUAAUACAGAACUUUACUUUUGUUUCCUCUAAAAAUGCCCUGUUGUUACUCCCUUCUACAUAGACAUAGGAAGCAUUGUAUUUUAUUGGCAGUGAAUCUGUUGUCCAGCAGGGGGCACUGUGAAUCUGAAGCCUGCACUGAUCUCACUGUGUCAUUUAGACCCUGGAACUGGAAGUCAGAUUAACAGCAGGAUUAUUAAUCUUAAAGCACCUUGUUUGUUCUGUCUCAUAAAUUUGAGUUCUGUUAACAUUCCAGUACAUGUUCACAUCUGUCUAUGAAUGAGUGUGUGUGAGUGUGAGUGUGUGUAACAUACAAUAUCUCACAAGCAAGCAUCCAGUCGUCACCUUAACUCCACGACCCAUUCUGUGUGUUGAUAUCCUAACAUGCAUUUUAAGCUUCUGUCAGUCAUUGUUGCAUGAGUGUAGACGUGGAAUAUUUCAGAAAUGGCCUCUAAAUAAACCUUCCCUCUGUUUGUAUAUUAAUAUAUUAAUGAUAAGGAGGAAAUAGUGAUGCUGACUCUCUCUCUGUGAGGCCUUUGGAGCCAUUUAAUAACAAAUCAGUGUUUCAGUAGUUAGUUUGGGGUUUUUAAAAUGUAUUUUAAUGCAGAAUACUCAGAAGCCAUGUUUGUAGAGAUAGGAAUGGUAUGGCUGUAAUCAUUCACUCUGUUCAUACUGGCUGUGAAGUGACUCCUUUGACGAUGCUGUAAAAACAAUCCGUGCAUCUACGUUAUUUUUCAAACUACAAUACCCAAAUUUUUAAGCAAACUGUCUUUUUUUUUUUUUUUUGCUGUUUCUCACAUGUGAGAAUAUUCUAGUAAAGUGAAUAGUUUGAAGUUUUGGACUGUUCAUCAAUCAAGAAAAUAAUCAGUGGAUUUUAGAAUAAAGAAAUGAGCUGUAACAUGUGGGAGGCACCAGUGCAAGAAACACUAGACAAGACUCAACUUUGGAACAUGACCAGUGUGAAGAGAGAGAAUGAUUUCACUCAUUAAACACGAGUAUUGUAUUAAAAUAAGCUUUCAGCAGCAGCUGGUUUGUUUAGGAGUCGGCUCUGUUACGUUACCACCUUCUCAGUCUCUGAAUUUUGAUUCCAUGUGUGUGUUUGAUUCAUUCAGUGUUAUCACUCGAGUGUUUUUCCAAUGGUUUUUGUUUGUUUGUUUGUUUUUUUUACUGGGUGAUUCUGAGUAAAUAUUUUUCAGCUGUUUACUUGUAUUUUGUUUCGUUGUAAUAAGUUCAUUUCUAUGGUAUCAAAUGACUGAAUGUAAAAAGAUAAUCAUUACUUUGUGCUACUUAUACUGAUUGGGAGAUUUUUUUUCCGAGGGGAGGGGUUGAUUAUGUUGAGAGCUGUGUAUUAAUAUAUGACUGCUUAGAUAGAAUAUAAUUCGAAGAUGUAGUUUAUAGCUAAACAAGUCUCAGUUUUCAGGUACAACACUGUUACCACAAGAGUUAUUGAGAACUACAUAGUUAAAUCAAUUCCUCUUCCUGUCCAGGUUACAUUUGUAGAGAAUUUAUUUCUUUUUUUGGGAAUGCUGCCGGUUUUGGGUACAUGGAGACUCCAUUGCAUUUAAAUACUUUCAAUAAGUUUCUUAGGAAAUAAACUCAAUCCUGUUCUAAAUAAA